AUGUCAGCCAAAGCAAUCAGGGAAUACGAUGGAAAACUUAUUCUGGCAUACUGGUUAUUGCGCUCACCUUUGCUAGCUUCCCAGGAAUUACCACAGUCUUUUAUUCCGCCCACUAGAGUAGCUCUUAUUUCGUUUGAUACUUCAAUUUUACACGAUGUUAAUAAUAACAAUCCAGAACUGGCAUUCAAUUCUCAUGUAACGCGAACGUUGAGUAUUAUGGAGCGAACGCAUCCAUGGUUGUUGACUGAAAAACUUGUUGUCAAGCCCGACCAGUUGAUUAAACGUAGAGGAAAAUCGGGUUUACUGUUAUUAAAAGCUGACUGGAAUGAAGUUAAACAAUGGGUUACGGAAAGAGCUGGCAAAACGAUCACGGUAGACAAGGUAUCCGGAGUUCUCAAAACCUUUAUCGUGGAACCAUUUGUGCCUCAUGAUUCUUCAACCGAAUAUUAUAUAAACAUAAAUUCAGUCCGCGAUGGUGACAACAUCCUCUUUACUCACGAAGGCGGCAUUGAAGUAGGCGAUGUGGAUUCCAAGGCAUUGAAAAUGCUGAUCCCUGUCGAUGCGCCAUUUCCUUCUUCUCAAGAAAUUAAAGAGAAUCUACUUACCAACGUUCCUUCCUCUAAGCAAGAUGUACUCGUUGAUUUCAUCAGUCGGCUGUAUUCCGUAUACGUUGAUUUGCAUUUUACAUACCUUGAGAUCAAUCCACUUGUAGUUCUUGAUCCAUGCGAUGACGAGCCUCCAAAGGUGUAUUAUUUGGAUUUGGCUGCCAAGUUGGAUCAGACUGCAGAGUUUGAAGCUGGACCCAAGUGGGCAAUAGCAAGAGCACCUCGGAACGCUGGUAUUAUCGGUGAAGUUGAUGUAGGGAAUACGAACGUUGAUCAAGGUCCUCCGAUGGAAUUCCCCGCACCAUUUGGAAGAGAACUGAUAAAGGAGGAGGCAUAUAUACAAGAACUGGAUUCCAAGACUGGAGCGUCGCUAAAAUUAACUGUUCUUAAUAAGGACGGACGGAUUUGGACUAUGGUUGCUGGAGGUGGGGCUUCAGUCGUGUACAGUGACGCUAUUGCAGCUCUUGGUUUUGCACAUGAACUAGCUAACUAUGGCGAAUACUCUGGUGCACCAACUGAAGUUCAAACUUACGAAUAUGCUAAAACUAUCCUUGAUCUUAUGACACAUAAUUCCAAGCCCCAUCCUGAGGGCAAAGUACUUAUUGUUGGAGGUGGAAUUGCUAAUUUUACCAACGUAGCAGUCACAUUCAAAGGUCUUAUACGUGCGCUGAAAGAGUAUAAACAACCAUUGAUUGCACAUAAGGUGAAAAUAUACGUCAGGAGAGGAGGGCCUAAUUAUCAGGAAGGACUGAGAUUGGUCAGACAAUUGGGAGACGACUUGGGAGUGGAAAUUCAUGUAUAUGGACCUGAGACCCACAUCACCGAGAUCGUUCCAUUGGCAUUACUUAAUCAUGGAUCGGGCUUGAAUAAUAAUGAGGUACAAUUAUCUGAAUCAAUCGGAAAUGCCAUUCAAGAUCAAAUGGUCGAUACGACAAACUAUACCCAGUCAUCAAAACAUGACAAAGGCAAAGUAAAUGGAGAAUCGAGUCACAAGACAGAGGAAGAUUUUACACCUAUUGCCAAUCCCAGAGAACGAAUGACCUAUUUCGAAACGCCAGACUCUCAACCUAGUCAUCCAUGGUACGCUCCAUUUGCCAAUAAUACACGUGCAUUCAUUUAUGGUAUGCAGCCAAGAGCAGUGCAGGGAAUGCUUGAUUUUGAUUUUAUGUGCAAAAGAUCCAUGCCGUCUGUUGCUGCGAUGAUAUAUCCAUUUGGUGGUAAUUACAUGCAAAAGUUUUACUGGGGUACUAUGGAGACAUUGCUCAGCGUAUUCAAUAGCGUAGAGGCAGCGGUGAAUAAACAUCCCGACGUUGAUACGGUAGUUAACUUUGCCUCAUCUCGCUCAGUAUAUGAGUCUACGUUUGAGUUUUUCAAAUAUCCUCAAAUAAAGACCAUUGCAAUCAUAGCAGAAGGUGUGCCAGAACGUAAAGCGAGACAGAUUCUUCAUGAAGCCAAGAAACGAGGGGUUCUUAUUAUUGGACCGGCCACCGUCGGAGGUAUCAAACCUGGUUGUUUUAAGAUAGGCAAUACUGGCGGAAUGAUGGAUAAUAUCGUGGCCUCCAAGUUGUAUAGACCAGGAUCGGUCGGUUAUGUCUCUAAAUCAGGAGGAAUGUCGAACGAGUUGAAUAAUAUUAUAUCAAGAACGACCAACGGUGUCUAUGAGGGUGUUGCUAUUGGAGGUGAUAGAUACCCAGGAUCCACGUUUAUCGAUCACCUACUACGAUAUGAGAGUGAUCCCAACUGUAAGAUGCUAGUUCUAUUGGGUGAAGUUGGUGGAGUUGAAGAGUACCGAGUAUGCGAAGCAUUACGAGAUGGCAGAAUAACGAAACCAUUGGUUGCAUGGUGUAUUGGCACAUGCGCUAAAAUGUUUACUACUGAAGUACAAUUUGGACAUGCUGGAGCGUUAGCACAAUCAGAUCUAGAAACUGCUGAUGCCAAAAACGCUGCACUUAAAUCGGCUGGUGCAGUAGUACCCGAGACGUUUGAAAAAUUACCUCUUUGUCUACAUGAAACAUAUCAAAAGCUUGUUUCUGACGGUACAAUUGUACCACAACCCGAGUCAGAUACACCGAAAAUUCCUAUCGACUAUUCAUGGGCGCAAGAACUCGGAUUAGUGAGAAAGCCAGCGAGCUUUGUUUCUACGAUAUGUGAUGACCGUGGACAGGAACUACUGUAUGCUGGAAUGAGAAUAUCAGAUGUAUUCAAAGAAGAGAUUGGUAUCGGGGGCGUGUUGAGUUUGCUAUGGUUUAAGAGAAGACUGCCUGAAUAUGCUUGUCGAUUUAUCGAAAUGAUAUUGAUGUUGACAGCCGAUCAUGGUCCGGCCGUAUCUGGUGCCCAUAAUACCAUUGUCACAGCCCGAGCGGGAAAAGAUCUUAUAUCCAGUUUGUGUGCUGGAUUAUUGACUAUUGGAGAUCGUUUUGGAGGAGCACUUGACGGUGCGGCAGAGAUGUUUACUUCGGCAUAUGAUAAAGGAUUAACACCACGGGAAUUUGUAGAUACAAUGAGGCGACAAAACAAGCUGAUUUUAGGAAUAGGCCAUAAAAUCAAAUCACGCAAUAACCCGGAUUUACGUGUCGAAAUUCUCAAAGAUUUUGCCAAGCUUCAUUUUCCGAGCACCAGGUUGCUUAAUUAUGCAUUGGCAGUAGAAUCUAUUACAACCGCAAAGAAGGAUUCAUUGAUUCUGAAUCUCGACGGAGCUAUUGCAGUAUGUUUUGUGGAUCUGUUGAGAGACUCGGGAGCGUUCACAGCUGACGAAGCAGAGGAAUAUAUGAAGAUUGGAGCAUUGAACGGAUUGUUCGUGCUUGGACGGAGUAUUGGUUUUUGUGGUCAUUACCUCGAUCAGCGACGAUUGAAACAAGGUCUCUAUCGACAUCCUUGGGAUGACAUUUCCUAUUUUGUGCCUACAGUUGGGGUUGAAACUGCGCGUACGUUCGUUAGUCAAGAUCAAGUCAUUGAGAAAAGAGCUAUGCUUGCGGGACUCCAAGGUGAGCAAGAGUGUAGACUUGCAAAGAAUGCUAGACUGGCCUACGAAAUCUUAUUUAAUGAGAGUAGUAUUAGUGUGAGCGUUAGCAUUAACGUACAAGUAGAAAGCUCGCAAGAGCAACACACUUUGACUAAAAACAACCACGGGGGGUCAGCCAUCAACGCGCUUGACAAUCAACAGCCGACAACCAACCUGACCCAAAAUCAUUCUCAAAAACCGAGGCAAAAGUUUCGAAAGCGAAGUGUCACUUUAGAUAUUUGUGUAACAAAGUCGUUACUUUCCGAGGAACUCAAGACCAAAAAAUUUCCAUCAAGGACAUUUAUCAAAGGAAUCAGAAUCAACAAAGAUAAUAGUGCUAAUUUUAACGGCAAUUAUACAUCCGUAAGAAAUGGGAUCAUGGGAACGCAGGGAGAGCUCACAAAUAGUCCCCAAGAGAAGGAAGAUAAACAGAUCACAAGAAGAUGUUUAAAGUUUAAUGAUGUGCCCGUUGUCAGAGAGGCACGCUCUACAGAUAUAGAAUGCGAAAAAGAAAAAGACAUUAAGCAAGAUGAAAACGGUUGCGAACCAAAUGUACAAAGAAAAUCAUAUACAGAGAAUACAAGUAGACUAAUAAUAGACAAAAGGCAGCAUCCAUCCCCACCACCCAACAAGCUAUUUACUGACAUUCAAACAAACACAAAUACAAUCGUUAUUACCGCAUCACCGACCAAUAUGUCAGAAUAUGACCCCAAUACAUCCUUAUCGUAUCGUGCAAAAGCCAUGUCACUCUUUAAUUCUAUUCGUAAUGCUCGUUUACAUUCAUCUCGUCACUCCAAAUCACUUCCGUAUCAUCGAUUCACCUCUGGAGAUGAAACAACUACGGAUCCAUUCUCCACAGCUGUCUCUCCAAUUAGGAGAAAGAGAAAAUUAAAGAGACGGAAGGGCAUACCGAUCCCGCAUGCUAACCAGCAUAACGGGCAUAAAAGAAGACAUAAAAAGGGGUGUGAUCAUAUCGGAAAAGAAGAUGCAUUAUGGAUUGAUUUGACUUCUUCCAGGUUGAAGAUGUUUGGGCUUACAGGGGAGAGAAAAAAUGUAGACGAAGACACUUUGUGGGCAGUUUCCAUUUAG